AUGAUGCUUCCGCCGUUUGACUAUUUUACAUAUCGUAGUGUUCGGGAUUACAAGAGAAGAGAACGGGCUGCCCGUUUCGCAUCUCUCCCUGCAGCAUACCAUGCCCCUUUCACAACCUUUGAUAAGGCCGUCAUCAACAAACCAAUUGAAGAGCUGGUCCAAGAGGUCCAAUCUUCCUCGCUUUCGGCCGCCGACGUACUCCAGACUUACGGCAAGGUAGCCGUCAAGGCCCAUGAAAAGACCAACUGUGUAACAGAGCUCCUUCUCCCCGAAGCCGAGUCAUGGCUACAGUCAGAAGUCAAUCUCAAGGGCCCGUUGGCAGGUGUACCUAUUUCCUUGAAAGAUUCGGUGCAAGUCAAGGGUUUCGAUAUCAGUCUCGGUUACACACGGCUGGCUAAAAAGCCAUACAGCGAAGAUGGCCCUAUGGCGAAGCUGUUGAAGGACGCUGGUGCUGUACCGUAUGUAAAGACGGCACUGCCAGUGACCCUUUUGUCCUUCGAGUCCGCAAAUGCGCUAUGGGGCCACUGCCGUAACCCUCAUGUCCCAGAAUACUCCCCUGGAGGCUCGACUGGUGGUGAAGGCGCAAUACUCGCCCUGGGUGGCCGUAUCGGCAUUGGCUCAGACGUCGCAGGCUCUGUUCGUGUCCCCGCUGCCUGGAGCGGUAUCUACUCCCUGCGCUGCAGUACUGGUCGCUGGCCCAAGGUGGGAGUCAACACCAGCAUGGCCGGCCAAGAAGGCGUUCCAAGUGUUUUCAGUCCUAUGGCUCGUACCUUGAAUGACCUCACCUACUUCACCAAGGCCAUCAUUAGUAUGAAGCCCUGGAAGUACGACUAUACCGUUCAUCCCAUUUCCUGGCGCGAUGAAGAGGAAUCUGAAGCCAAGAGCAAGAGCUUGCGUAUUGGACUGAUGACCAACGAUGGAGUCGUGCCCCCAACCCCAGCAAUUGAACGCGCUUUGUCUACCACCGUCGCUGCUCUCACCGCAGCCGGCCACACCGUCUCUGAGAUCACAACCCCAGCAACCGCCGACCCCUUCACAGGUCUCCACCUCGCUUCUCAGCUCCUCAACACAGACGGAUGCGUUACAUUCAACUCCCACCGAUACAACUUCGAGCCCUCAGACCCAGGCGCCGACCAACUCACCCGCAUCUGCAACCUUCCCCGUCCCCUCCGCUACCUGUACUACCUGUACGUCCGGUACAUCAGACGGGACUUCAAAUGGGCCAGCCUGAUCCGCACAUUCUCUCCCAAGUCUUCCGCCGAAACCUGGAAGCUAGUGGCCAAGCGCGAGUCGUUCCGCGCUACCUGGCACGCCUGGUGGGAUGCCGAGCCCCAACAGUACGACUUCAUCCUCUGCCCCGUCAACGCCACCCCGGCCCUCCCGCACAAGGCCAUGCGCGACGCCGUCUCCUCCUGCGGGUACACCUUCCUAUGGAAUCUCCUCGACUACACGGCCGGCGCCUGGAAGCACUACGACGCAGCGAAGAUGGCCGGACUCCCCACAGCGGUGCAAGUUGUCGGUAGAAGAUGGCAAGAGGAGAAGGUGCUCGGAUACAUGGAGGCAGUGGAGAAGGCGCUGGAACAGUACCGGGAUCCGGCGACCGGGGAGAGUGGCAAGUAUACUUUGAUUGAACUUGACUAA